AUGACCACCUCCUCCGAGGACGUGAAGAUGUCGAUCGACUUUGUGCGGGUGAAGAAAGCGGACGGGACGCUGUACCUGAUGAAUGAGCGCAUCGCCUGGAUGCCCAACGGCAAGAACACCUUCACCAUCUCGCACAACUACGCCGACAUCAAGACGCAGAAGAUCAGCCCCGAGGGCAAGCCGAAGAUUCAGCUGCAGGUGGUGCUGGCGGACCGCAGCGACACCUUCCACUUCGUCAACCCAAAUGGGACGGAGCGGCAGCUGGAGGACCGGAACCGGGUGAAGGAGUGCCUGCAGACGACGCUGCCGCUCUUCCGGCGGAAGGUCAGCCAGGAGAUGGAGCAGAAGGCGCGGCUGCUGCUGGACAACGCCAACCUCUUUGAGCUGUACAAGGAGCUGGUGACGACGGGGGUGAUCACGCCGGAGGACUUCUGGGAGCACUACGCGACGCGGGUGAAGCUCAACUCGAGGGCGGCGGCGGACAAUCGAAGUGAGAAGGUCGGCGUCAGCAGCGCCUUCCUCGCCGAUGUGAAGCCGCAGGCGGACGGGAUGAAUGGCAUUCAGUACAACAUCAACAGCGAGAUCAUCGAGGCGAUCUUCCAGACCUACCCCGCCGUCAAGCGAAAGCACUUUGAGUGCGUGCCGCACAAGCUGACGGAGGCGGAAUUUUGGCAGCGCUUCUUCCAGUCGCACUACUUUCACCGCGACCGCAUCAGCUCGCUGAAGGACUUCUUCAACGACUGCGCCCGCCAGGACGAGGCGGACAUCAGGCAGGCCAUCAAGCGGGGCAUCACCGAUCCCUUCUUCGACCUGCGCGUCUUUGACGACCAGGUCGAGCCGACGCUGGAGAAUGUGCUCGGCGGUAAUGGAGCGACUACCGAAGCUCCCGGCGCCUCAAAAGCCACCGAGCUGUCGGCGAACCAGGCGCUCAUUCGCCGCUUCAACUUUCACUCCAUCAUGGUCCUGGACGCCUGUCGCAGCGACGAGGAGCGCGCCUCGCUGAUGGGCGUCGUGCCCAGUGCCGGGGAGAAGCGGGCGAAGAAGGCGGCGGCGGCGGCGGCGGCGGCGGCGGCGGCGGCUGCUGCAGCAACGGCUACAGCGACGGCGGAAACAGCUUCCACAACAGCAACAUCAGCAACCACCACCACCACCACCGCCACCGAGCCUUCUGCCGCCGAGCUGGAGCUCGAUGAGCAGCUGGAGCGGGAGCGCCAGGAGGCGAAGCGGCGGCGCCUGGCCGAGGCCACCGAGUACGACGACCUGGCGGGGAAGAAGCCGGCCGUCGGGGCGACCAUUGACGACUUUGACGAGGGCGUCCGGCCGCCGGCGUUGAAGGUGGCCAGCAACUCGGCGGCGGCCGCGCGGUACAUGUACGGGCCGACGCCGUCGAUGCAGGAGCAGGACUCGUACGACUACGCCCACGCCAACGGCAACGCGGCGCAGGCGAGCCAGGCGAGCGCCGUCUUUGCCCAGCUGAAGCAGACCGUCGACGGCUGGCGGCCCUUCACCGUCUCCGCCGCCAACAAGCGACCGAUCCUCGAGUCGCAGCACGCCAUCGCCGCCCUCAGCGACCUCUCCCCGGGCGGCUCGCUGAUGAAGGACGCCACGCGCCUCCUCACCUCCGCCAACCUCAAGGACGAGCUGCCGAAGGACAUUCUGGCGGAGCUGCGGCACCUGACCCGCGCCCUCGACGAGCUGCUCUACCACUUCUGGUCCUGCGUCCCCUUCAGCAACGCCGCCCAGGAGAAGAAGUUUGUGGAGAUGAAGGAGACGCUGGAUCGGUUCGAGUACACGAAGGUGCAGCCGCUGCAUGAGCGUCUCUCGCGGGAGUUUCAUCGGGAUCUAACGAGCCACCUGAAGAGCAAGCUGCACGCCGCCGAGGUGCGCUUCAACUCCUGGAACACGAAGAAGCAGUUUCAGAGUCGCUGA